AAAUAAUUUGAGCAAUGGCUGGUGCCGAACGAAAAGCAGUAAUCAAGAAUGCCGACAUGGCAGAGGAUAUGCAGCAGGACGCUGUCGAGUGUGCGACUCAGGCUCUAGAGAAGUACAACAUUGAGAAGGACAUUGCCGCCUACAUCAAGAAAGAGUUCGACAAGAAGUACAACCCAACCUGGCAUUGCAUCGUGGCGAACUUCGGUUCUUACGUCACCCACGAGACGAAACAUUUCAUAUACUUCUAUCUGGGACAGGUCGCUAUUCUCCUCUUCAAAAGCGGAUAAACUGACGUAAUCAUUCCUGUCUAAUAUGACUUGCUACUUUCGAUGUCUUACUUUCCCUCCCGAGCCUUCCUGACUUGGCAUGAACGAAAAACUCUAUCAGACCGUGCUCAUUUUAAUGUAUUCCGAUAUUUCCGACCCACCUAAAAUCCAAACCCCGUGCCGGUCCAUGUUAUAAUCAGAUGAGAAUAAGAAUUUUGCUUAUAACGA